UCCUUGAUACAACACAAAUUGGUGUGCACUUCUAAUAACAUGCACUUAGUAAUCAUUCGAUGAUCAAAAAAAUAUAAGUUCCAGUCCGUUAUUAAUCUAAAUGAUUAGAAAAUGCAUUGCUACAGUAUUCCAACGAUCGAUCCCGACUUGCGCCACGAAGAGACCAUUCUGCAGGCGAUCAACAUUUUCGAGUUUCUGAACGAGGUGAUCGACGAUGUUUUCGGAAAAGUAAACCAGCGCAUCGAAAAGAAUCGAAAACGACUUACCCAGAUAAAUGCUCGAAUCGACAAGGUUAAUUCGGAUGUGGCUAAGUUGAAGGAAACCAAAGAAGCAAUUAUAAUAUACUCACCAUGUCGGUAUCCUGGAGCGGAAAUGGACACCACUGUGGUUGCAACAUUCACCAGCAGCAAUGGCAUUCGGAUGAAGGAGAGUGAAUUUAGGCUUUGCGACAAAUCAUAUGUUCCGGCCCAUUCCUACCAGGAGAAGCUACAGUUCUAUCACGUCAAGAGUUCAAACGAGAGACAUAGAAUAUUUCCGUUUGAUUCCACAAAUACGGCUACUAGCAAAAAACAGAACAUUCAAUUUUUAGACUCGAUUUUGAUGUUCAACAGCAAAGAUUUUGCCUUCGAUUAUAAAGGAUCUUCUGCUGGUUCGAGAACCAGCAAGAGAAACGCGAAAGAAAUCCGGGAGGAAAAAAUACUCUCGGCAUCUUCGCCAAUCAUCAGAAAUCGUUCGAAGAGGAAAGGACAGGAAAUAUUUUACACACCGACAUUGAAUGAUGCGCCGAAAAUUGACGUUCCGGUCGAUCUACCCGAUUUGCCCGGAAUUGUAACAAAUAUUCAGUACGCGGGCAAUCAUACACUAAUUGCUCCAUCAUUGCAAUUGGCAGCGAUAGCUGAUCAACUUCCUGAGCUGGAAGAUCUAGCAGCGAUAGGAGCAAAGGAAGCUUCCGCGGGAAAAACUCUUCCAGAGACUCAAUCCUGUGAAACCACUCAACGUCCAGCUACCGUAGAUAUUGCCGAUGCAGGAGCAGGUGCUAUGGUGCAUUCAACGCCUCCACCACCACCUCCGCCGCCACCACUGCCGCCAGUGGAAAAGCUAACAGUCGAUAGAAAAACGGAUGAAAAUGAUGGUAAGCCGAAAAAAGGUCAAGACAAAGAGUCAUUUCUAGUUGAACCGGUUAGCGAUGCCCAUUUCAACUUGAUGGAGGCUAUCAGACAGGCGGGUGGAGUUCAGAAGGCAAAGUUGAGGCAAAGUGCUGCUACCGAUACGAAGAAAGAUUCGACUGAGCCAUCCAAACCUGGAGAGCAGAAAAGUUUUAUUGAUGAUCUGCACAAUAAACUACAAAUGCGCCGCAAGGGAAUAUCCGGUGCGCGAGACAACCAAGAACCGGGCAAUGUUAUAGAUCGCAUUUCGGCGAUGAUUCCUCCUCCGCCACCUAAAAUUGACGCCAGCACCAGCGAAAGCAACGAUGAGGAUUGGGAAUAACGGAUUCAGUAGCCACUGCAUUACAAUGGUUUUAUAUCAAAUGUUAUAUUUGGGUUAGCUCCGAUUAGAUAAGAUAAUUGGUUCUACAA